CACAGUUGAAGGAAGGAAGGAUAGCGGAGACACCGUGUGUUGCAGGGCAUCAUUAUGACUCGUAUUCACCUAGGCAUCCUCAUAUUCAGUCUCCUCGCCAGCGUGAAUGGUUCUUCAACAGCCCACAACAAUACGGAGGGUUCCGACACCGAGGAAGCAGCAAGAAUGCUCGGCCCCUUCCUUCCUUGGUCGCUGUCGCUUUUCCCAUACGCAGCACCGGUGAUCAGCAAGACCAUAUUCCUCACCCUGGCGUCCGGUGUGGCCUAUUUAGCGCUCUUCGCUGGUUCAUUUUUCUUCCCAUCGCUGGGUUCCCUCCUCGGCAUCAGACCCUUCACCUUCCGGUCUUUCAGCGAUAUUAAGGCUGAACACGUAAACAGAGUCGCACGCGCUGUCCAAGAAGCAAUUGAAACCACAACGGCUGCUGUGGAGGACAAUGCCUCCACGAACUGUCGGCGAAGGCUCGUCUGCGAAAUGUCCAAGGCCAUAUCAGAUGGCGUUCCUGCUGUGCCUUUCGUGGAUAACCUUUUCAGGAACAGUUCCGAAGACACGAAUACGUACCUGGGCGCAUGGGCCAGCGGCUGGUUAGGAAACGACUGUUCAGUCUUUCACAAAAAUUGCGACCUGGCAACUUCCGAGGGUUUCGCUUCAGUCGUCUCUUUCUUCGGUGGCCCUAACAGUUACGUUGGAUCACUCCUGACACGUUUCAGCAACGGAUCUAGAGAUCCCGGGACGUCGACGAUGUACUGGGUGACGUCGACGCUGGCUAAGGUCGUAACUUCUACACUUCCAUCGGGCUCUACGCCUCCUCCCGCAGUUCUCGAAGCCAUCGCAACCACCUUAGCUCGUAAUGUCAUUGAAUCGACGUCGCCUUAUACGGAACCUCAUCCCUUGGACAAGCCAGUAUAAUUGCGGGGGAAAUCUCGAUGCUUUGACACUGAUAUUUUAUACUUCGACUCAUGUGACAUUCCGCUGUCAUUGACUAAAUAAAACAUUAUCAUCGA